ACAUGACUUGGUGUUAGUUUACAAUGUGGGGGGUCAAGUCUUACGGACUUACGGUGUGGCAAAACCCUAAUGAGAAGAGUCCCUGUGCUGCUACGGCGAACUCCCCUGACUGUCAUAGCGAUCCCUGUUCCUCGUCGACCUCUAAAUCUGUGUGAAAAUGUCAAGUCAACGUCGUAUUCAUCAUACUAUGAUUAUACAUCCUGUUUCUUCACAAAGCACAGGUUUGUGUUCACUAGCUCCCUUCCUCCUCCAGAAUGGGUAGAACCCUUCAGUGAUGUCUCUGAUGUAGUCUCAGCUCCUCAAAAAUUAGAGCCUUCACCGUGGUUGAAAGAAAUUAUCAAUCUUUUGGAUGGUUCUUCAAAUAUGGAAGCCAAUUUGGACUCUUACUGCCGCAAAUUUUUCAUCAAAUUGACCCCAAAUUUCAUUGCACAUGUUCUACGAUCCACUGAGCUACAUAGAAACCCUGAUUUUGCUUUGCGUUUCUUCUACUGGGCUGGCAAGCAAAAGAAGUAUGCCCAUACUCUCGAUUGCUAUGUAUCUAUAAUUGAUGUUUUGUUGUCAUCAGGCGACUUGAACAGGUUUAGAUAUGUUUUUGCGGAGCUACAACAAAUGGGUUUCUUGAUGACAGUUUCAUCUGCUAAUUCUUUGGUUAAAAGUUUUGGUAGUCUUGGUUUGGUUGAGGAAUUACUGUGGGUGUGGCGUCAAAUGAAAGAGAAUGGCAUAGAACCCAGCUUGUAUACCUAUAAUUUUUUGAUGAAUGGGUUGGUGAAUUCCAUGUUUAUAGAAUCAGCUGAGCGGGUUUUUGAGGUAAUGGAAGAUGGAAAAAUCCAACCAGAUAUCGUAACUUACAACACUAUUAUCAAAGGGUAUUGUAAAGCUGGUAAAACCCAGAAAGCAUUAGAGAAGCUUCGAGCCAUGGAAAAUCGAAACGUGGAGCCUGAUAAGAUUACAUAUAUGACUCUGAUUCAGGCGUGUUAUUCUGAAGGGAAUUUUGAUUCUUGCUUGAGUCUUUACCAAGAAUUAGAAGAAAGAGGAUUGGCAAUUCCACCUCAUGCUUAUAGCUUAGUAAUCUGUGGGCUCUGUAGAGAAGGUAAAUAUGUAGAAGGAUAUACCGUGUUCGAGACUAUGUUUCGCAGAGGUCAUAAAGCAAACAAGGCUAUAUAUACUGCGUUAAUUGAUUCUUAUGCAAAAAGUGGUAACAUGGAAGGGGCAAUGAAACUGUUUGAGAGGAUGAAUAUGGAUGAGAUCAAACCAGAUGAAGUUACUUUUGGAGCCAUUGUCAACGGGUUAUGCAAGUGCGGUAGGUUAGAGGAAGCCAUGGAGUAUUUUAAGUUUUGUAGUGUUAACAGCAUCCCAGUUAAUGCUGUAUUCUAUUCCAGUCUGAUUGAUGGUCUAGGGAAGGCAGGCAGAGUAGAUGAAGCUGAGAAGCUCUUUGAAGAGAUGGCAGAGAAGGGAUGCUCUCGGGAUUCUUAUUGCUACAAUGCCCUUAUUGAUGCCAUGUCGAAGUGUGGGAGAAUGGAUGGAGCGCUGGAACUCUUUAAGCGGAUGGAGGAUGAAGGUUGCGAACAGACAGUUUAUACAUACACAAUACUCGUCAGUGGACUUUUCAAUGAGCAUAGAAAUGAGGAGGCGCUGAAGUUGUGGGAUGUGAUGAUUGACAAAGGAAUCACGCCGAAUUCAGCCUCCUUUAGGGCACUCUCAAUCGGACUUUGCCUUUCUGGCAAGGUAGCAAGAGCAUGUAAGAUCAUGGAUGAGCUGGCCCCGAUGGGGAUUAUUCCUGAGACGGCUUAUGAAGACAUGAUCAAUGUGCUAUGCAAAUCCGGACGUGUGAAGGAAGCCUGCAAAUUAGCUGAUGGGAUUGUGGAUAGAGGCAGGGAAAUACCUGGAAAAAUUCGCACUGUGCUUAUUAAUGCCUUGAGGAAAGCCGGGAAUGCAGAUUUAGCCAUAAAGUUGAUGCAUAGCAAGAUUGGUAUUGGGUAUGAUCGAAUGGGUAGUGUUAAAAAACGGGUCAAAUUCCAAAACCUUGUUGACAGAUGACUUCAUUGGCUAGACGUUGCCUAGGCUGUGUAAUGCAUGUAUGAAUAUGAAGGCUCGUGGAUUGUCAAGUGUUUUCAGUAAGGAGCUCCUGUGUUAGUGCCUUUCUUUAAGAUAGUGGUUGAUGACAUCUGCCAAGUCUUUGACACACGCAUUUUGUUUGCUCAAUAUGGGGGAAGUGCACGUGUGCGAGUGGUAUAUCUUAGAAUAUCCGGGGAGAUGGAAGAACAGUAUCAGCAAUUCAAUGUCUGAUACCCAGCCACUAGAGACCUCAUCAAGAGAGAGUGGUGUGUCAGAACCAACGAAGAAUCAAUAAUGUGGCAGGACAUUGUAACAGUGAAUAGAGGAGUAGCAGAUGGAGUUGGCUGGGGAGAGAAGGAUGGUAUAUGACUUGGGGAAGGCUAGCCCUCUUUUCCUACCAAAAAAAAACCGGGGGGGGGGGGGGUGAGCCUAACUGCCAAAGGCCAUCCCGCUUUCUUUCUUCUUCUUCUUCUUUUUUUUAAAUAAUUACAACGUCAUUAUUAAUAUCUUGCAAGAGAUAAUAACAUUAGUUAAAAUCUGAUAACAAAAGGACCUUACACCCAUCCUGAAGGAGGGUUAUUAUGAAUUGUAGCAUCCAAUUAUCAUGCCAUAUAAGGCGAACUUGUAAGCCUGCGUUGUUAUUAGAUUUUGGAAAUGGUAUCGAAUGUGACGAUUUGAUUUUGCA